AUGACCAAGGACAGCAAGGCAGCACCUCAGUUCAGCGCAACCGACCGCCACCCAUCCGCCACCCCUCCGCCACCCUCCGCCAGCCCUCCGCCAGCCCUCCGCCAGCCCUCCGCCACCCCUCCGCCAGCCCUCCGCCACCCCUCCGCCACCCCUCCGCCAGCCCUCCGCCAGCCCUCCGCCACCCCUCCGCCAGCCCUCCGCCACCCCUCCGCCACCCCUCCGCCACCCCUCCGCCAGCCCUCCGCCACCCUCCGCCACCCCUCCGCCACCCCUCCGCCAGCCCUCCGCCACCCCUCCGCCAGCCCUCCGCCAGCCCUCCGCCACCCCUCCGUCACCCCUCCGCCAGCCCUCCGCCACCCCUCCGCCAGCCCUCCGCCAGCCCUCCGCCACCCCUCCGCCACCCCUCCGCCACCCCUCCGCCAGCCCUCCGCCAGCCCUCCGCCAGCUCUCCGCCACCCCUCCGCCAGCCCUCCGCCAGCCCUCCGCCACCCCUCCGCCAGCCCUCCGCCAGCUCUCCGCCACCCCUCCGCCAGCCCUCCGCCAGCUCUCCGCCACCCCUCCGCCAGCCCUCCGCCAGCCCUCCGCCAGCUCUCCGCCACCCCUCCGCCAGCCCUCCGCCAGCCCUCCGCCAGCCCUCCGCCAGCCCUCCGCCAGCUCUCCGCCACCCCUCCGCCAGCCCUCCGCCAGCACUCCGCCAGCCCUCCGCCAGCCCUCCGCCAGCCCUCCGCCAGCCCUCCGCCAGCCCUCCGCCAGCACUCCGCCAGCCCUCCGCCAGCCCUCCGCCAGCCCUCCGCCAGCCCUCCGCCACCCCUCCGCCACCCCUCCGCCAGCCCUCCGCCACCCCUCCGCCAGCCCUCCGCCACCCCUCCGCCACCCCUCCGCCAGCCCUCCGCCAGCCCUCCGGCAGCCCUCCGCCAGCCUUAG